UAUAAUACACGGUGGGUACGAGUGCUCGUGCACCCGAACUUUUCGCACACAUAUACAUAUACACAUACAUAUGUAUGUGUGCAUCCUUAAAUGCUUGCAAUUUGAAUGGAUUAAUAUAUUACCAGCAAUCGAUGACGGUCGUUACUUCCUUUCAACGCUGCUUGUUGGCAGGAUUAACCGUUUUAUAAGCAAGCAAUACAUUUUUGCUAUAAAUUUUCAUUAGAAAGGAAAUAGGAGGAGGAUUGAGAAUUUGCAAACUGAAUAAAUUUGUUGUAUAUACAUAAGUACCAUAUGUAUAACCUAUAGCAAUAUUCAAGCGAAGCACAUAAAAGAGGAAAAUGCUUUCGCAUCAGUUGCACGCGGUGAUUUGGUUACUCAAUGGAGUCAUUGCACUGUAUGCAUAUCCAACUAUAAAUCUACCAUUUUUAUUUGGUUCUUCCGCAUAUGGCGAAAACGCUUACAGAUUCAAAAAGAGUGGCUUGGAAAUACAAUCUGAUGCCGAUGUGGUGGAACUAGAGCAUUUGAAGGACCAUUAUGGUAGUGAAAAUAUAGAAACUACUGUACAAUUGCCGUCAAAUAUUGAGCAAACUUUUGUACCCGCUGUUGGCGCCGGCAAACCAGUUAGUGCUGAACCACUAAGUGAAUCGCAAGAACUGGAACGUCAAUUAGAGCAAAUGCCUGUUAUUACUACAAAACUUGAGAAGAGCGCAACAACAGAGUUAUCGGUCGCGCCAGUGGAGUCCGAAACGCGUGACGAGCAGCAGUUACCAGUUCAAGGUAGUGGCGUCCAUCGGCCACCUACCCUCCAACAUGACAACGGUGGUAAAACACCAGCGGAGGGUGGUGUGGCUAACCAACAGCAAACUGCUGAAAUAGGUGCGGUUAUACCAAAUGGUGGCGGUCCACCUGCACCAUCUGCCAUCAAGGUAAUGACUUUUGUAAAGAUUUAUGUAAUUGUGUAAAGUUUUUAAAGUAAUAUCCCCCUUCAAAUGUCGUAAAUUUGCGCCAAUAUAUGUAUGUAUGUAUACAUGUGUACCUAUCGAUGUAAAUACAUAUGUAUGUUCGCUACAGCCUUUCUAUGGUGCCGCACGCUUGGCAUUCGGUCAAAAUCCGGAAGUACUUCCAACCACCUCCACAACCGCUACGUCUACAUCCACUAGCACUACAACGUCAACAACAACUACCACCACCACUCAAGCAACCGUCCAAGCCACCAGCGCAGGCAAAGACACAAAUGCGCCUGAAUCAGAUACACUUCCACUUGACGUCGAGAGUGUCGCCGCGAAUGGACAAGAAAGCGGGCAAACGAAUCCAACCGAGAAAUUUACCGAGCAAAUUAAACCAACAGCCCAACGGCGCUCGGUGCCUUUAAAGCCACAACAGGUUCUUAUGAUGAAACGUUGUUCACUUCAUACAUUAACACAUACAGACUUACAUAAUUGUGUCACAUACAAUGCUAACGGAUAUAAACACAGCCCUGCAAGGAAAUCGCUUGAAUCGGUUGCCUUUUAAGUGUUAUGAGAAUUAGUAAAGAAUUUCAUUCAGAAAGACACCAAUUAUUAACUACAAAUUUUAUGUGUAAUAUGUGUAUGCUUUUGCUUGCAGGGUUAUAAAUCAAAUUCAUGCACAUCAAUUGCUUGGCCAAGACUCGAUAAAGUUUCACUGCCCAAACACAUAUAUACUUAUGUGCAUUCUACAUAUAAACAUAAACAUAUGUACAUAUAUGAACAUGCAUAUACCUAUAUACAUAUGUGCAGAUAUAUUAGUGGUUAAGUAUGAGUAAUUUAAAAGCAAUGCAUUCAAAUUAUCCUUAGAAUAGUUGGCAAGUUAGGAAGUGAAUUUGAAAUUCAUCUUCCGAACAGGGUAUAUUAAGUUUGCCACGAAGUUUGUAACGCUCAGAAGGAAACGCAGGAGACCCUGCAAACAAAUAUAUAAAUAAUCAGUGUGACGAGCUAAGUCUCUUUAUGCCGUCAUGUCCGUCUGUCUAUAUAUACGCGAACUAGUACCUCAGUUUUUGAAAUAUCGAUCUGAAGUCCUUUUCUCCCCAAGAAGCUACGCAUAUAUAGGAACCGCCGAUAUGGGAUUACUAUAGCAAAUAGUUGCCAUACAAACUGACCGAAAAUCAAGUUCUUAUAUGGAAAACCUUUACACGAGAUAUCUUCACAGAAUUUGGCAUGGAUUAUUUUACAAAGUAACAGUACAAUCUCCAAACAAACUGUUCAAAUCGGACAACUAUAGUAUAUAGCUUGUUGUAUUGUAUUGCAAACUGAUCGAUCAAAAUCAAGAUUAAGUUGCUUUAUACCCUUUUAUGCUAAAAGAAUUGCACCUGAGCCUAUAAUACCCGUCAUAGCUUCGAUGCAGCCGAAGUUAACGUUUUUUUACUCAUAUGAAAACACAUUUAGUACCUAAGAGACGCAUUUCAUAAUUAGAAACUAUUUACAUACAUAUGGUACACAUAUUUAUAACUCACAAAAAGCAACUUGUUCAUUUUUACACUAAAUUACUACAGUUAAUUCUAAAUUUUUUUUUUGAAUAUUAUACUUUCAAUAGACCGUCGAAACUCUUCUUAAACGUCAUAAUGGUCACUUAUCAGCAUUUGACAUGGCACAGUACGUGUUUUGGACUGGCGAUGAGGCAGGUGUGGCGCGCGCCGUUGAAGAACUAAUCGAUCGGGGAAUGAUGUCACGUGAAAAUGCUCUAGAAUUUCUAAGAGAGGUACGUAUUGGCAUUGAGUACCUGCAGCAGUCAUAUACAAAUCGCAUCUUCCCAGAAGCUGGUCUGAAUAUAAACAUUGAUAAGAAAAUGUUUGAGAUGCCACAGACAAAACUGGUGGCACCGCCAACUGUCGCAGCAACAAAUGAAAAAUCUUUGCUUCCUUAUUUACAACUUGAACGACUACUCCACACAAGCAAUCAAAAUUCAGUAAAGCCAGUUGAAAGUGUACCAGUAUGGCAUAAAUUGCCAGUGCUAAACAGUGAUGGUAAUCAAGAUCUCAACGAUUAUGAUGAGAAUGGUGAAAGAGCUAAGAUAUCGCAAUUCUUGUACAAUGAAUAUACUUUAGAAGACAUUUUGUAUAAAUUGGCAAAGAUUAUGUUCUCGCAGUCGUUGGCACACGGCUCCGACGAGGCACAGCACGAAUUGCAGAAAUUAACCGAUUUUUUGGAACGUGAGGGCAAUCUUGGUGUCAUACCAAUUGAUCUGCAGAAGAAAGUUUUACACAUCUUAUUCCGCGCUCUUUCCGAUACUCUGGCUGAACGUCCCGAACUAUUGUCGGUUGCCAAUGUAAAUCUCGCCAACACCUACAAUCGUCUUCCUCUACGUACUUUAGAGCCAUGAAAUGGUCACAGUAACAAGUGAUUCCACAAUAAGUAAAGUUCUAUGUAAAAAACCUAUUUAUUUAUAUUUUUGUUUCAACAUAAUGAGGUAUGCUAAAAAUGGCCUCUGUAUUAUCGUAUAAAUACUCACUAACAAAUUGUGGCCCGAGUAAAGCACGAUUUGCUCAUAAAUCGUCCAUUAAUAUCAGCGGCAAAAUAAUAUUUUUUUUUGUGAAGCUCCAAAGAUUAUAUAAUUUUUUUUUUGUUAGCAACAGUAAUGUCUUAAAUAAUGAGUAUUUUGAACACUGCAUAGCAGCGUAAGCGAAUUUAUCUAUUUACUAGAGCUGAAAAAAAAUCGUAUAAAAAAAUAACAGUAAAAACCGUUAGUGGACUGUUAAAUGUAAAAGGUCAAGUUUAUUAGAGAAUCGUAUUUGAUUUUUAUUGUAAUCCUAGAAAGCGAUAUUAUAUAUACACACAUACAUACAACUACAAGUAAAGCACAUAUUUUGAUUUAAAAUCAAUUUAUGAUAACUUUGACAAAUGCGAGAUAUUAUAACAAAAAUCAGCAGCUCCGCAUUAUGUUUAUAACGGUAAUAAUGGCUAAAUGUUUAACAUUUUAUGAUAGGCUUUAACCUUAAAAGGAUGUAUUCCGAGUAGGCGCGUAUAACUGUAUUUGUAUUUUAAUUGUAUUUAUAAAAGUACACGUGCAUAUACAUACAUAUAUCCAAUAAAACUUGUAUAUGUUUACAUAUAUCGGUAAUGCUAAUUAGUGUAUGUGUUUAAAUAGCUAAGCUGAGCUGAGUUAUAUACAUUAGUUAGACGGUUAAGUACAAUAUUUUUUCAAGUAUUUUUUUGUUUUAUAAAAUUUUAUGGGCAAAUAUAUCUAUAUAUCUAUAAAUGUAAUAAAAAAUAAUUUCCAUUUGGUUUGGGGCUUAAUGGCAAAUUUUUUAAAAUGGAUUAGUUCGCUGAACACAAGUUUUGCUCAAAUUUCGAGACAUAAAAUCAACGGUAAUAAUAUACAUAUGCUAAUAAAUUAUUUUAAUUUAUAACCAGUACAUAUAUACAUAUGUACUUGCAUACACGAUUUUUUCUUUAAAUAUAUUCGGUUUUUUUUAGAUCUUAAAUAAGAGUAGUCCUAGUUAUAAAACCCAUAUCAGGUACUGGUUUAAAAUAAAUGAAUUGUGAAUUUCAAAAAGUACGGCAUCACUAUGUACCAUCGUGUGGGUGCUAUUUUUCAUUUGUAUACAUCAAACAGCUGAUUGCAUUAAAAAUCAAAAUUUGUUUUCUCAACAUAAGAAAAACAUAAUUUUUGGGUGAGCAAAUAUUCAAAUAAAUAAAGCCAUGAAUGUUGACGUAUCCGCAAUGGAAAUGGAUCCUGAAAUGGCCAAAAAGUUAUUCGCUUCCGGUGCGGUGUUGGUUAUCACAGGAGCGCCAGUCGGCACAGAAUUCGGCAUUGAUCUAUGCAACUACACAAUCGGUGAAAAAUUUCGUGGCGUAAAAAUGAUACCGCCCGGUCCUCAUUACAUCUGGUGUGCGUCCUGCGGUCCAUAUGGCGAUGUUGCUCCACGUGUGGGUUUUGUACAUUACUUCAAAAGCGAAGAGGUGGUUGUGCGUGAGUGGAGUCAACGCGAUGAAGAAAUGCAAGAGAGUCAGGCUGACGACAAAGAA